AGGCGAAGGGAGCAGAGCACUGGCACAGUAUGGCCAAAACCCCAACCCAUUCCGUUCCGCCCACCACUGUUUGAGCUUCCUCUCCUAGCCCCUUUGCCCACCCGCCGGAUCCCGUCGAACCAAACCCUAGCGACCGCUCGCCACCCGGGACGGCUCGCCGUCGUCGCCAUGCCGCGCCGCAGCCAGAGCAGUGCCCCCAUCGACCUCGACGAAGAGGAUGAGUGCAAGACCAAGCGUUCUCGAGCGAGUAUAAGGCCAGCACCGAAGGUGCCUGGGAGCUCAAAUCGCAUUGCAAGUAGCAGAAGGGACAAGGAAAAUCAAGACAAACUGGAUACCCAUAUCUUCGAUUUAUACAUGGAGAACCUUUGGAAGCGUACAGAUGAAGAUCAGAAGAAUGCUUGCGCAUAUUUGGAUCCUUUAUGGUUUAACAGUUACGUCAAUGGGGACAAAGAACAGAAAUCAAGAAUUCUUAGAUGGACAAAAAAAUUGAAAAUAUUUUCAAGAAAAUAUGUGUUUGUCCCUAUUGUUCGUUGGGGACAUUGGAACCUCCUUGUCCUAUGCCACUUUGACGAGACAGACUGCUCAGAUGCAAAAAAAGGACCACGAAUGCUUCUGCUGGAUUCACUUAACACAACAGAUCCGAAGAGGUUGGCACCUGAAAUCAGAGGAUUCAUUCGUGGUAUUUAUGAAAUCGAAGAGCGGGAGGAAAGUGUGCACUUCAUAAAAAAAAUCCGCCUUGAGUUUCCUAAGGUGCCACAGCAAAAUGGGGAGGAAUGUGGUAUAUAUGUUCUUUACUUCAUCCACUGUUUUCUUCAAAACGGAAAAUUGGCAGAAGUUCUUCAGAAUAAAACACUGGAAGAAGAUUUCAGCCAGCUGUUUGAUGAUGGCACGUUUGAUCCAGAGGAACUAGAGAACUUCCGCAAGGAUGUUCAUGCAUUCCAAGUGGAAAGGAGUACCGAAACCGGACAGUAGGGUGGAUUGUAGCAUUGUGCUGCAUAUAUGUAGUUAGUUAUUAUAAGGCAGUGGAAAAUUUCAUCUUUGCUGGUGGCGAAUUCUGAGGAACCUUGAAGGUCGUGGAGAAGCUGGUGGUAAUAUACAGCUUAUGCAGCCGAGAGAAUGCCGACUCCAUGGAGCUUCGUGGCAGUUAGCAGGUGUUAUAUGAUCUGUAUUGGAUUCUAGAAUUGUUGUGUAUGCAUCUUUUGUAUGAUACCAUGAGAGUUAUCUACUUUAUGGACUGGAAUGAUCUCAAUAGUCCCAAGUCUUAAGAUAGCAGCAUCACGUACAAUGCUUGCUAGGGGUCCAAAAAAGAAAGUAAGAACAAUGCUUGCAUAAUGAUUUUUUUUUUA